AUGAGUGUUCCUCAAAAUUCCUUGCAGAAACGUCGAGAACGUCCGUCAAAAGGACCCGAACACGCAGUCUUAAGGGAAAUAGCCUCCACACUGCUAAAAUUAGAUUUUUCGGCUUUGCGGACUCUACAAGAGCACAAAAAGUCCAAAGAUUACCAAAAGAUUUUCGUGGAUUUCACUGUAGGCAAUCUCGCCAACAUCAACCAUGACGAUCGUUUGCAAUCUAUUUACCGCGCAAUACGCCGUCAUGUGGCAACGCUCUCCGAAGAGAACCUUUAUGAGAUAGUAUCGAAGCCCUUCAAAGGUGACUUUUAUCGUGAGAUGAUUUACCUGGCGAUUCAGGCUUUUGAGGAUGCUUUGGAAUACGAGAAUUGCGAGCUGAUGGACAUGCUGAUCCACGGUGAUGCCCCCCCCGGUUCCUUCCGAAGCAGUCCAUGA